AUGAGGGGCAGGACUGGGAGGAGCUGGAAGCCGGAGACAACAGACCCGACGCCGGGAGUUACGACUACUGGCAGAAGCGUGCUGCCACAUACGACCAGGACAUCUUUCGAUCCAGCGACGAGGACCAUGAGGGCAUCAUUCACGGCGAAAUUGAUGCAGCUGCGCGGCGCGCAGAGAAAGCUCGUGAGCUUACAAAAGGAGACGAUGGCUCGCAUGCAGUUUCCAAGCUCGUGGCCGUGGAUGCAGGGUGUGGACCUGGUCUGUGGCUGGAUGCACUGA